ACAGAAAUUUGCAGAAAGAUGCACCAAUAUUCGGCCUUAUACGCAUUAUUUGUUAAUGCAUAUGAGACAACAUAUUAAAUACAAGGAUGUAAAAUGUGGUUCACGAAUUUAAACGAAAAAAACACUAGACUGUUAAACAAUGUCACUGUUCGUUUCAAGAAAUGUUAUCAGUAUCUUACGACGCCCGAUAGUGGCCGAGAAGUUCCGAAUCAGUUUGGCGGAAUAUUCGAAGCGUUGGUUAGUCAACUUGGUGAUGGAAAGCGGUGAUUCUGCAAGUCGCGGCGCGCUUAUUGUUAUCGAAGGUUGUGACAGAGGUGGCAAAACUACACAAUGCGGUCUUCUGCACAAAAAUCUCACCCAAAAUGGGAAGAAUGUCCAGCUGAUGAAAUUUCCAGACAGAACAACAGUGAUUGGAAAGAUGAUCAACGACUACUUGACAUGCAAGAAGGAAGUUGAUGACCAUGCUGUUCAUCUGCUUUUCUCUGCGAACAGAUGGGAACGCUUGCCGAUGAUGCUGGAGUUGUUAAGAAGUGGUACCAGUGUGAUAGUGGACAGAUACGCCUAUUCAGGUGUCUGCUACACUGCUGCAAAAGAGGGUUUUGACAUGGGCUGGUGUCGGCAACCGGACAUUGGACUUCCGAGGCCAGACCUUGUGGUUUAUUUGACUUUGAGUAACGAGGCAGCAUCUCGACGGGGACAUUAUGGUGAGGAGAGGUACGAACAGACAAACUUCCAGGCCAGAGUUGCGGAAAACUUCAACACAAUCAAAGAAGAUGGUUGGGAGGUCGUUGAUGCUGAUAAGUCUAUAGAUGACCUACAGAUGGAACUACUGUCUUUAUGUACAGACACUAUUGAGAAAUCCGCCAAGAAACCGAUUUAUAAACUGUGGACCAAAGGAACUUAUAAUGAAGUGAAGCCAAAAGACAUCAGUGGGGAUGUAUAGAAAGUAUUUUCUAAAUCCAUCUCAAAUAUAUACUAUGCUUAUACAUGUAGUAAUAAAUAAUCGAAUUGU